AUGGUGGACAAAUGGCCGCGGACUCAGUGGGAUACCAACUCCAUGUGCGACUAUCAUCAGCGGCAGUGCGCCAACUCCGUCGACUUUGUGGACAAGGCCAAGCCCGCGCAGUGGGCCGAGAUCGCAGGGAGUUCUUGGGUUAUGCGAGGUUCCUGGGAGCGCGUGCUUUGUCAAGUGUCGGGGAAGUUGGCAGCCUACGAGGGUUCCGGGUGUUCAGAGUUCAUAGUUUGUUUCACUUCUUUUUGCAUUGUUCUCGCCAUGGACGACGCCCAGUACCUGCCUAUUUUGCAAGCCGCCGAGCAGGCAUGGGGCGAAAACUGGCACCAAAAUCUGGAUUACACUUGGGUUUACCAGCAGUUGGGAAUGGACAGAGGGCGGAGGAUCAACGCGACUGCCCGGCGCUUGCACGACCGCCUCUGGUCCGAUUUGAACGCCAAGUUUCCGGCCCCUGCGGAAGAAGAACCGCCUGCAGGAAAGAAGCGGAAGAAGGGCCAGCAGGGCGAAAAGACCGAGGUGAAGGUGCAUGAAAAGUUCGCUGCGGUGCCUGCCCACAGACACCUGGGAGGCCGCUAUGGCUUGGCUUCGGCUGUGCAGGAUAAGAGCAUGCUGGAACCUGGUGUCGCUAUCGUCAACGCUGGAAUCUGGGGCAUGCUGGAGGAGGACGUCGCUCCGUACGUUGCUGCGGCAGGGGCUGGUCCCAAUGCUCUAAUGGCAGCUUCAGACCUGGUGAAGCCGCCGGUGGUCAUCAGCUGUACAGACUUGAUUUGCUGUCCCGAGGACAAAGAAUGCAAGGCCGGCUGCAGUGAGCACCACGCGUGCGCGCGCUGCUGGAUCCCUGUCUGCGCGUCGUGCCGGGAGCAGGCUGGCAAGGGAGCCAUCCCCAAGGAGGCACUCGCUAACGACAUGGUCGUGUAUUAUGCGCCGCGAGAGCUGUACGAAUUCAAGGUGACGAUGCUGGAGCUGGUGUGUGCCAGCCCAUGCUUGACCAGUUUAAUUUGCUUCAGUUUGGAAAAGAAGUACAGGAACCAGCGGACGCUGGAUGAGCGCGUGCACAUGCAGCGACAUCGGCAAGGGGCGCGCGGGAACGCUACGACGUUCUUGCUUGACUGGGAAAGCUUGCUGGCGCAGUUCCGGGGCUACGAAGUAAAUCUGGCGCCGCAGGCCAGGGCGCCCUUGCCUCGAACGGGCGAGGACCUGCAGAAAUUUGUGUCCGUGAUAUUGAAGACCAGUGAUACGGAGCUGACGCCGGAGGAGCUUAGCAAGUUGAUUCACCAGGCACGGGUCCGGCGUCGCGUUGUGAUCAUGCUGAUUGAAAAAGCGUGCGAGCGAGAGCAUCCAGCGUUCCGCGAACUGGACCUUGCCCAGGUGCGGCUACGGGCAGAGAGGGAGCUGCCCGAAGAUGGCGUCCCGCCCGAAGUGGUGGCCGUGCUUCCGUGUGACGAUAAUCUGCAGCAAAUCGAGAAACAAAAGGUUGCGGCGCCGGUGGCAGCGCCAGCAACUGUACAAGAAGCAGCGCUCGACUUGGACCUGAAGCGUCCCAAUGCGGUAGUCUUGGAGAAAACGGGCCUGGAAGACUAUGAGGCCCAGCGUUUCGAGGCGGUGCGCGCCCUGGCCGAAGUCGCCGAAGAGGAUUUGCGAGACUCAGGCAGCGAGCAAGAGGAUGGACCGGCUCCGGAAACGGACGUGGUGUCGCGGUCCACGCCCAUGAACCAGUUUGCGCCGUGGUACUUUGGCGUUGCUUUCGCCUACAUGUUUCAGUAUUGCACAGCCAUGCCCGAUCCGCCAAGCUGGGGAGAGUUCCGGGACAAGCGGUGGCGUCGCCCGCCCGAGGCCCCACACAUCGGACUAGCCGAUUGGGUCCGGACGAUGUCUCGGCGCGUGGAAAGCCAGCUGGGCCGCGAUUGGACGUUCGGUUACACGACAUGGAAUGUGUUAUUUCGUUCGGCUGUGAACCUGUCGCGCAGUGUGUACUCCUACGACACGCCGGUUCUGCAAGACUCCGGCGAGUGGGGUAAGCUCACCGCCGCGGCCCUCGAAAAUGCCGCCAUCGAAAUCCUGCGGGCCCUGAAAGGGACGUAUGCAACGCCAGACGGACGGCGGCUCCCUGUCAACGGCAGCCUCACACUUGCCAAAUACGCAACGGGCUUGUCCGCGACGGCGCGCCGCAUCUUGGCGAACAUGAAUCACACGGCCCGCGUCAUUCCCGGCACGCAGGAGGCCCGGCGACAGAUGCGCUUCGAAAUUCAGGGAAUGCGGGCGCGGUACGGCAGAGGCCAUCAGCUGCUGUACAUUCGUUUGUCCCGUCACCGCCGGAGCGACCCGAUUCGACUCGUGGAGGUCGGCGCGGCGGCAGCCGCAGGAGACCGGGCGUGGCCUGCGCUCGACGCCGACUUCACGUGUUCCUUGCCCGUUGAGUGCCUGGAACCGCGUGUGCCCAACUGGGAAGAACGACGGCGCAUCCUCGCACGGGAUCCGCUAGCGACGGUGGACGGGUUUCGCGUCACGAUGCUACUGCUGCUGCGACACCUGUUCGGUAUGAGCACAUGCCUGUACUGCCCAGAUUGCAGUUGCGGGCCUACACCGUGUCAGGACAAUCGCGGCAGCAACGCAAAAACCAACGGCGGCGUCUUCGGUAGAUGCGACGCGGCCUAUGUGGCUGUCGAGUUCCAGAAAUCGAGCGGAAGUGGGCACGGUCACAUACAGUUGUUCGUGCAGUGCUUGCAUCAGCACGAGAGUCUGCGCGAGAUUUUCGCUGCAACGUCCGAGCGCGCGGCGGCGCUGCGGGAGGCCUACCUGCAUUACACGUCGCACGUGCGCAGGUGCAUCUACGACAGAAACCCUGUCGAGGUUACGGCAGCGCUACACGCGGCGGAACAGCGGUGGCCGGAAUACAAGUCAGAGCGGCGGCUCAUCAGCCGGCCGCGUUACCAAGCCGGCGUCAUGGCCGCAGAAAACAGCGACGAGGAAGCGGAGCUUUGGACCGAGGCGUAUCUGCGCGAGGACGUGUUCUGGCUGCAGGUCCUGAAGCAGCACCACGUGCAUCUUCCGGACCCAGUAACAGGCGAGCGCACGCCGCAACCGGGUUGCCUCAAAGCCGACAAUCCCCGUGACUGCAAAAGCGGCUUUCCGCGGGACGCUGAGGUGACCGACGAAGCGGCUGUCAUGUGCCCGUGCCGUUUGCAGGCGCGCGACAUGCCAGCGUCCGGACGCAAGAAUAGCAUCUGCACGCUUCAAGGACCUCGCGACGAAGCCUACCUCAACGGCACGCACCCUGCCAUUUUGGCAUUUGGUCGCUGCAACUCUGAUGUGCAGCUCCCAUACCGUUUGCCGUGUGUUUGCGACGUGUGCGCGUCGCCGACGGACCCCCGCGAGCUCCAAGAGAUCGUGACAGCAGCGCAACGCGCCCAGGAUGCGCAGACUGGAUACUGCUGCGACUACUGUGCGAAAACGCAACCCAUGGCAUUUGCUGAAUUGAAGGAGCUCCAGAAGGGGCAUGCUCGCUUAGCAGAACAAACAAAGGGCCGUGGCGUGGAGUACCAGGGCAAGCGGCACAUGACGCGCUUUUUAUCGGAUGCGUAUUGCAAGGGGAUCGUUCGAGGGCAGGCCGAGUGCUGCAAUCUGCGUUGCAACUACAAGGACGGCGACGCGGCGUGCGCGGAAAGAAUCACAACAACGCAGUACGUGACAUUUCCCGGACGAGAUUUCCUUCGCUACGCAGACUUGGCGAUCACCGGCGAGACGGAACACCGCCGGCGGGUGACGGCAAUGUCGCUGGGCCGCAGCAAGCACGUGCCGCGACAGCGGCAGCUGGCAGAACGCGAACCAGCAGAGUUCUAUGCGCGCCGUCCCCGCAACAGCGCCUGCUGGCAUCUCUCCCCCUACGAAUUUCUGCUGUACUGGCAGGUUGUUCCUACGCAAUCGCCGGCCACGUUACAGGAAUGGAAGACACAACCCCGCAGCACAUGGGACGUGGUGCUGACGAAGAGCGGCGAGGAAAAGCUUCGGGCGGGAGGAGGCAAGCGCGUGCGCCUCGUUCCCGGCAAGGAUACGCGCCUGCGCGUCGAACCCAGCGGCGACACCCUGGCCUUCGAGGACAUCCCCACGAACGCGCGCGUGCGCGCCGCGUGGCUGCUGCGCAGACGUCGCCGCCCGCGCUGCCCGACCUUUGGCCACUGCCCGGUGCCGCGGUACCAGCAAGAAUGCCAGGAGGAGAACUCCAAACUAUGCAUGGUGUAUUUUCGGGCGUGGACGGGCAUGCCCCAGCAUGCAGACCGCGACGUGCCUCAUAUAGCCGACUUGCAGGGCAGCUACCUCGCGUGGGAGACGGCAUUUCGGGCCUGGCUACAAGAGCUUCCGUGUCAGGAAACGAAACAGCACAUUGGGAAUUUCCUGUCCGUCUACCGCGUGCGCUCUCUCGCUGCGGACGCCGAAAACAGUGACAACGACGGCGCAGACACGAGUGCCGUGCGCGUGACUGCGGACAAUCUGGCUACGAGCCUGACCACGCGCAAAACAGAAAAAAACGGGGUAGAGGCGCCGGACGCAGAAUACGCGGACUUGGAGCAGACGUGGCGAGCGGAACAAACAAACGAAGGGAAGCCGGGCCGAGCGCUAGCCGCAGAGAACACGCUGGAUGUGCGUGAACUGGUGAAAGAAGCACGGAAAGCGCCGCAGGGCGGCGCAGAGGCAGAGGAUGCCGUUGCAGAGGAAGCGCUGGAGCGCGAACCGACUGUACGCACGCGUGGCAUCCGUGCCACCGUGCGUGCUGUCCACGAGUGGGUGACGGAGUUGCGCACUCGCGUCGAUGAGAAGGGCAGACCUAUCUGCAACAGAGCGCAGCACGCUUUCAUUGAGCGGGUGGCGCGUCGAGUUGUGGAAGAGAUGCAAACAGGCGAGGCACAGGGUGGCGCGCGUUCGGGCCUGCCGGACGCCAUGCGCUGGGUGAGCUAUUCGAAGACAUCCUGGGCUGGAGCCAAGGCCCAGUUUGCGGCGCUGCAGGCGGUAACAGCCGAGAUGGUCGAUGGGGACACGCUGCACCGUGCCUUCGGGUUGAGCUGGGGCCAGAACGCCGCAGACACGACGCCGCUAACGAAAGGACUGCAGCAAGCGCAGCGCAUGCUCCAGCUGCGCUGGCUUAUAAUAGACGAAAUAAGCAUGGUGAGUGUGGAACUCCUGGCAAAGCUAGAGCAGGCGUGUCGGCGGGUGAUCCGGAAUGGCAGCCCGUUCAAGCGCGAUGCAGCCAACGUCGACAAGCCCUUCGGAGGCUUGAACGUUCUUGUCGUCGGGGAUUUGUGGCAGCUGGAGCCUCCCAAAGGGCAUUUCAUCGCCGAUUUGCCGCACGAGUGGCUGGGCAGUGCAGGCGCCCGGCAGCGGCCCCUCCUGGCGCAGGGGCAGGAGUUGAUGUGGGGGCCGCCGGAGCUGGCUUUCCAGGGUUGCACGGAGCUGGAGGAAUGCGAGCGCACCAAAGAUGAAUGGCUCAAAGAGUUGCAGGACGAAUUCCGCUUCGGUCAGCUCAGUGCCGACAACCAUGCUUUCUUGCACGGAAGACCAACGCGCGUGCCAGGCAGCUGGCUGCGCGGGCGAGCCGGGUGCGGACAAGCAAAGUGUCAAUGCCUCGGCGCGCAGCAAGUAACGCCGGAGACCAUCCUAGCAGAGGAAUGCGCAAGGUGCUGCGCCGAGCGUGCUUCGCGCCGAUUAGUAGCCGAAUCGUCGCACGAUCCCAGAUUCUUGGGUCGCUUCGUCCUCGCGCCCUCCAUCUUCGCCACGAACGUACGGAAAUGCCACACGAACAAAAUCCGCGCCGAGGCUUUCGCGCGUCGCACGAAACGGCAUUUGCACUACGUCGUGGCCCAGGAUUGCGCUUGUGCGGCCGUCGUGCGCGAGAAACCGGACCUGGCCGAGCAGAAACUGCUCUGGCUGCAACGCCACGACCGGGAGUGCGGCGAGCUGUGUGGCAUGCUGCCGCUGUGCGACGGCAUGCCGGUGCUUUUGACGGACCACCUCAACCGCGCGCGCGGGCUCCUGAAAGGACGGCGGGGCUUCGUCACGGGUUGGCGCCACGCUACUGAUGGCGCUGAACCGGCGGGGCCCGGCUGCACGGUCUGGAACCAGCUGCCCGAAGUAGUUUACGUGCGCUUCCCUGGCGCGAAGUGGCGCAUUACUGGGCUGGCCACGGGCGUGUAUCCCGUUGUGCCAAAGCGUGCGACGUGGCAUCUGGAUGCCGGCCGAAAAUCGCCGGUGCUGGCAGUCCGUCGACGGCAACUUCCCCUAAUACCAGCUUUCGCUAUGACGGCGCAUCAGGCGCAAGGACAGACGCUGGAGGAGGGCAUCGUCGCAGAUCUGUGUUAUGGCGCGUACAGCAACGUCUUGGCCGCCUACGUUGCCUUGACGCGGGUCACGAGCCGGGAAGGCGUUCUCAUUCUGCGGCCCUUCGAUGCGGCUCCAUUCCAGCAAGGCGACACCAGCUUCCGAGCGUUGCUGAUGCAGCACUUGCGCACGCAUGACGUCAACUGGGAUGCCAUCGUGCAGAGGUACGUGCGUGUCAAGACCUGCAGCGAGUGCCGAACAGAGCGGCUGAAGUCAGCGUUUACGCAGGGACAAUGGAAGCAGCCGGACGGAGCAGCAAUCUGCAAAGAGUGCACAAAGUCCUACCGCGAACGCGGCACGCCGUAUCGCUGUAAGCGCUGCAAGCGAUGGCAAGCCCCAGAGGCGUUUCCGGGCAAAAUCAGCAAUUAUUUGAUCUGGCAAAGCACUUGCCUCAUGUGCCUGGAGAAGCGGCAAUGUGGAGCUUGUGCGCACUGGUUUCCGCAGGCGGCCUUCACGCCCAAUGGCUGGCGCCAGAAGCGGGACCGGACAUGUAACGUCUGCCGCCAGAAGUUGCAGUGCCGGGACAUUGGCCUCCGUGCGCGUCGCAGGCUGCACAACCGACAAGAGACAGUGCGUGCUGCAGACCGCAGCAGGAAACGGCAGCAAAUCCUACAGGAGGUGCGGGCCGAAAUCGAGAAACGGCAAAAGCAAGGCAGCAGCACCGGCGCACGGUGCCGAGCCCAGGUGCCGGCAGCAACAAAAGACGGGUGUCGGGCGUGCGCGGCGUGCGGCGUGGGCACGAACAGCGAAACGGGGGCACCGAGAGAGCUGGCACCGGGCGGCGGCCUGCACAACCGCAGAGCAAGUCCCGCCUGCGAUCCCGCGCACGCUCGCUGCUUCGCCUGCACGAAAGCCGUUGCGACGGAGGUCCAAGACGGCCGUGUAUGCGUCUCGUACGAGUGCCCACAGUGCAAGGUUCGUGUCAAUUCCAUGACCAUAUCAGGCUUGGCUGCGAGCUACAGUGAGAUCCCUGAGGCUGAAGAUGAGGCAGAGAAGGACGAGGCUGGCCAGGGUCGUCGUGACUUAAUGUGUGAACCGCCAGAUGAUGAGCUGGCGUUGGGGCCAUCCGAUUACCUCUGA